GCUUUAGAAUCUUCGGUUCAGAUUCUCGUUAUCGGAAUAAGCGUGAAAUUAUUGAUAUAACCAAAGGUGUUCCGCAUGGAGUAAAAAUGGCCGCGGCCAUUCCGCAUGUGGCGAGGACUCCACAGAAAAUUUACAGCACAACGAAUGUAUGUUGUCUCUGCGGAUUUUCUUUUGUGGUAAAAGAAGUAGACAACGAAGGCAACAUACAAAUAAAAAAAUUAGUGAAACUUAAACUUAAGUUAACCGAAGAAAAGCAGACAGCUAUUCGGGAUGUCAUACAGACUGAUCUUCCCCCAAACGCUGAAGGUGUUUGUGUAAGGUGCUUUGGGAAGGUUGAGAAAGUGUUGAAGUACCAAAAAGAAAUAAAAGACAUACUGACAACAUUCGAAGAGAACAUGAAAAGAAACAGGGCCAAAACGCCAGGAUCCUCCACCCGUAAAAAAAGAGGUCGGGCUUCUCCCAAGACACACGAACAAGUGACCAUUCACAGACCAGCUGUUGAGCAUGCCACUGCUACAUGUGUUUCUGAGACUCGCUACAGGCCUAUAAUGCCGCAGCCACCACAAACUGAGGGAUCAUUACAAGGCUGCAAAAGUUUUCCAGAUAUUACGGGCCAUGAUACUUUAGAGAUUGCAGUAGAUGUUCUACGGACAUCAGCUGAGCCUGCCAAGGAGGAUUUUGGGUCGAUGACAUACUUUUUGAUAUCAUGUUGAAAUUUUAAUUUUCCUUGGCCUCAGAGAAAGUUGACAGUGUACUAUCCAAGCCAGACAAAGAAUACCUAUGUCCUACAAGAACACCAUAAAAGAAUAUGUAAGGCAAUUCUACAAGGAGUUAAUGUGGACAAAGUCAUUGUUGAUGAAUUGGUUGCUGAAAACCCC